AGUACAAAUUCGCGAGGGUGCAGGGUUAUGCUAUCGGCAUGUACCUCGCCUUGCUCUACAACAGGCACUAGUGUCCGGUACGCCUCGAAGCAGGGUACCUUGGAGAUGAACAAGGCACCGCUCUCUCUCUCUCUUUUUCGACCGCUCUCUCUCUCUCUCUUUUUCGAGCGGUGCAAAAGCGCCAGCGCUCUCUCCCUCUCCUUCCUCUCACUCUCUCUCUAUUUUUCGAGCUCAAUUUGUGAGCAACAGCGCCCGCGCUCGCGCUUUCUCCCUCUUCUUCCUCUACUGUCUGCGUGCGAAAGAGCUGCGAGCACAACACUAACAUCAACAGCAGUACAAGAAGCCGCAAGACGAGAAGAAAAAAAUAUUGAUUCCUCAUCUCUCCAUACUUUGGGAAUGUGCAUUUCUCUCGUAGGGAAGGUGAAGGAAAGAUGCCCCUUUCUUCAAGAGACAUGCAUACACAAAGAAGAUUUUUGAAUGCAUGGAAUGGAAUGGUGCUGUUAGGAUAAUUGUCUCGUGACCUGCUUGCUGCUAUUGAGUUAUUAGUUGAUCAGUUGGCAAGAAAGAUUUUUCAGAAUGAAGUUCAAGAUCGAUGAACUCACCGUCUACUUCCCCUAUGAGCACAUAUACCCAGAGCAGUAUGAGUACAUGGUCGAGCUGAAGCAUGCCCUUGAUGCAAAGGGCCACUGCCUCCUCGAGAUGCCCACAGGCACUGGAAAGACCAUCACCCUCCUCUCCCUCAUCACAUCCUAUCUCCUUUCAUCUAACCAAUCCAAUGGCAUCAAGAAGCUCAUCUACUGCACCCGCACCGUCCAUGAGAUGGAGAAGGUCCUGGCUGAGCUGCGCCUCCUCCAUGAGUUCCAGCUCUCUCAGCUUGGCCCCUCUGCACGCCUGCUCGCCCUCGGUCUUAGCUCCCGAAAGAACCUUUGCAUAAAUCCUUCCGUCAACUCUGCCUCCUCUCGUGACAGCGUUGAUGCCGGCUGCCGCAAGCUCACUGCAUCCUGGGUGCGCGCCCUCGCUGCUGACAACCCCAACAUCCCCAUGUGCCAAUUUUACGAGAAAUAUGACAGAGAAGCAUCAUCCUCGGAAGGUGUUCUCUUGCCCCCCGGGGUUUACACCCUCCAGGACCUUCGUGCCUAUGGAAGGGAGAAGGGGUGGUGCCCAUACUUCUUGGCGCGCCAUAUGAUCCGCUUCGCAAAUGUGGUGGUGUACAACUAUCAGUACCUGCUGGACCCAAAGGUGGCAGGGAUCAUAUCUCGGGAGAUGCAGAGGGAGUGCAUUGUUGUGUUUGAUGAGGCCCAUAACAUCGACAAUGUGUGCAUUGAGGCUCUCAGCGUCAAUAUCAGGCAGCAGACUCUUGAUGGUGCCACCCGGAACCUCAAGAAGAUUGCCCAAACCAUUGAAAAGUUCAAGGCUACAGAUGCAAAUAGGUUGCGCUCUGAGUAUAAUAGGCUUGUGGAGGGUUUGGCACACAGAGGGAAUUUGCCUGUCACGGACUCCUGGCUUUCCAACCCUGUUUUGCCCGAGGACAUUCUGAGGGAGGCUGUGCCUGGGAGUAUUCGGAAAGCCGAGCAUUUUCUAGGUGUUUUAAGGAGGCUCGUACAAUAUUUGGAUGGCCGUUUGCAAACUGAGAAUGUGGAGACUGAAGGGCCAGUGGCUUUUGUGGCCUCAAUAAGCACCCAAGCUGGGAUUGAUCAGAAAAUACUGAAAUUUUGCUAUGAUCGUUUGCAUUCCCUUCUUUUGACGCUUGAAAUUGCUGAGACUGAUGAAUUCUUACAUAUCCAAACUGUUUGUGAUUUCGCUACAUUAGUUGCCACCUACUCACACGGGUUUUCCAUCAUAAUUGAACCUUUUGAUGAGAGGAUGCCACAUGUACCAGAUCCGAUAUUACAGCUUAGCUGCCUCGAUGCAUCACUUGCGAUAAAGCCUGUUUUUGAACGGUUCCAGUCCGUUGUAAUAACUUCAGGGACUCUGAGCCCCGUUGAUUUAUAUCCUCGUCUUCUGAAAUUCAACCCUGUUGUUAGUCAGAGUUUCACAAUGUCUCUAACAAGGGAUUGCCUAUGUCCGAUGGUUCUGACACGUGGAAGCGAUCAACUUCCAGUAAGUACAAAGUUUGAUAUGCGAAGUGAUCCUGGUGUAGUUAGGAACUAUGGGAGGCUGUUGUUGGAGAUGGUGGCUGCUGUACCAGAUGGCAUUGUUUGUUUCUUUGUCAGCUACUCUUAUAUGGAUGGCAUAGUUAAUAGCUGGAAUGAAAUGGGUAUUUUACAGGAUGUAAUGCAGCAUAAGCUUGUCUUUAUUGAGACACAAGAUGUAGUAGAAACUACUUUGGCUUUAGAUAACUAUCGCAAGGCUUGUGACUGCGGUAGGGGAGCAGUCUUUUUCUCUGUCGCCAGGGGAAAAGUAGCUGAAGGUAUAGACUUCGAUCGCCACUAUGGGAGGCUUGUUAUCAUGUUUGGGGUUCCUUUUCAAUACACUUUGAGCAGAAUCCUGCUUGCCCGGUUAGAGUAUUUGAGAGAGACAUUUCAGAUAAAGGAGGGGGACUUCCUGACUUUUGAUGCUGUGAGGCAAGCUGCACAAUGUGUUGGCCGUGUUAUUCGCUCCAAAUCAGAUUAUGGCAUGAUGAUUUUUGCUGACAAGAGAUAUAGCCGUCAUGAUAAGCGAUCAAAAUUACCUGGAUGGAUAUUAUCACAUCUUCAUGAUGCACACCUUAAUCUGAGUACUGACAUGGCUUUACAUAUUGCACGUGAGUUCCUGCGUAAAAUGGCCCAACCAUAUGACAAAUCUGGUGGCGGCAGUGGCAAGAAAACUCUUUUGUCACAAGAAGAUUUAGAGAAAAUGGAGAGGACCAUGGGCAUGAUGUUUUGAAGGGAGCGACCGUCAACCUACCAUGGGCGAGUUACUUAAGCAUUUUAUGCAGCUUCUUGAAAGACCGAUGAAGGUGCGUGUUUUGGUGAGCAGAGAAUGAAGUAGCAGCUGCAGUUAACCAGCUGGCCUCACCCAGCUUGAUUUCAGAUUCUCCAAUUUGACGAAGAGUACUCCCGCUGUUAGUCACCGUGUAGAUUCGUAUUCUUCAAUUUUGCUUAGCACUCUUGUUGUCAGCCAAUUUUGUCUAGCGAUUUAUUUAUACUCUAGUUCUCCUUUUCUUGAUUUAGAUUGGUUUUUUCGCUCUCAAAUAUGUAAAUUCCGAUGUUUUGAUGCCUAUUGCAUGGCAAACCCAAGCUGAGUUGAGGCUGUAGCAUAUAUAUUAUAUAUAUAUGUGGACACGGUUUUUAUGAGUCCA